CUUUGACCCCUGACGUCAGUAAUCUACGGCAGACCACGGCGGCCAAAACUCUUCUACUUUUCGCGAUACCGUAGUAAUGAAUACCCUGUAACAGCGGAGCAAAGACGAGAGACGUCUGAGUAGCAAUGGCCCUCGAACAACUCAGUGAUGUGGUUCAGAAAUGUCAAGCAGUGCAAGACGACAAGUACAGCCCAGAGGACUACGAUGUGUUCAACACCGCUGGGCGGACCUGCAUCGAGGAGGGACACAGUGCACAGGUCCUCAGUAUCCUGGUGGAUGAAAAGAAUCAGGCCAUGGUGAAGUGCAUGGGCUGGAACCUGCUGGACCCGCUGGUCCAGGUCAUGCUGAAGCAGGAGGUGAAGAACCGGCCUCACUGCCAAGCCAUCCUCAAGCACCUGCUCAAGGUGUGCAGCCCCAAGGAGCUGUUGGUGGGCCUGCUGGAGCAGGUGGAGGAGGCGCCCGUGGAGCUGCUAGUGAGCGCCUUCCUGCUCCUUCUCAAGCCUUUGAAAGAGGUGCUGAUGCGUCUGGGGGAGCGGAAGGCCUCCUCCCUGGGCAUGGUGCUCGCCACCCUGCUGGAGCAGGUGGCCAAGCUGCCCACGCCGCGCAGCAGGGAGCAGGAGGCGGACGACUUCCACCCGCUCUGCCACUGCUGCACCAGCCUCAUGGCCUUCGUCAGGCCCUUCGUGGACGAGGCCAGGGCGAGCCUGGCCGGCCCCCGGGAGGAGACGCCCAGCCAGGCGGGGGGAGAGCGAGGGGGAGGGGGAGGGAGAGGGCGGCCCAACAAGGAGGAUGAGCUCAGGGUGGAGCUGCUCAAGUUUUGUAUGAAGAGUCUGAGCGAGCCUCUCCUUCAAGUGCAGCUCCAGGAUUCAGACCCGCUGGCCGUCUCUCCGCUCCGGGAGUUCGCCCUGGAUGUUUUGAGCAGCCUCACUGCCAUCGGGGAGAGCCUGCCCAGCCUGGUGAGCCACCCGGUGCUGAGGAAGAGGAGGGCGGAGGGCUUCCUGGAGGAGGAGGUGCGUUACCCCAAAGAGUCCCUGGCCAGCCUGGCCCACCUGCUGUUCGUCCACCACGUCGCCAUCGACACCUUUCCCGCCGUCUACAGUCCGAUCUUCAUGCUGAGGUGCAAUAUGGAGCACAUCAACCUGCUGCUGUCAAGAACUGAGGAGCAUUGUAUCCACAAAGGCCAGGAGCUGUACGAGAAGAGUCUGGUGACGGUGGUCGAUGGCAGCGUCUCUGUGAACGAGCUGGAGAUCAAGACCUUCACCAGUGUUCCCCAGAAUUUAGUAAAGAUCAUGACCUUAUGUCCAGCUCAUCACUUGAGAACUAAAGGCCUCAAACUGCUGCAGCUCAGCAUCGAUAAGUUUGAUGUGGAAGCCAAGUACAAAUUCUUUGAGUGCAUGCUGAAGGUAAGCAGCCACUCAGGGGUGGAGGGCUACAUCAUCAAGAACAUCCGCAGCCAGAUCGACUUCUCCCUCAAGCCAGGGAAUGAGAACGACUGGUUCCUGGGAGCCCACCUCAUGCCUCUGCUGCGCCAGGUGCUCGUCCUCCCAGACGGACCCGAGACGGACCUGCUGCAGAACCUGGACCGGUUAAUGGAGUCUCUGAACCUGCUGCGCUACCUGGUCCUCAGAGACAAGGUGACACAGAACCAGACGGGGGUCUGGACGGAGCUGACCCACCUGGAGGAGCGCUUCAUGCGGCCCCUGCGCGUGGGUCUCAACAUGUCCAGGGCCCACUACGAGAUGGAGCUCCAGAGGACCAUGGCCGGCCACAAGGGAAAGGUCAAAGGUGACUCCAUGCUCUCUGUUGCCGUUGGAGACGAGCAGCUGCCACACAUGACGUCAGAGUCUCAGAUACAGGCUCUGCACUCUGCGCUGCACACGUUCGACAUGAUGGAGAGCGUGUUGGUGCGGGUGGAGGAGGUCGUCCAGGAGAGCUCUUAGAGAGGCCUGCCGUGGCCUCUUCCUGCCUGGGGUCGUCUGCCAACAUGGAAGCCCUCCUCAUCACUGGUGUCCACUGAGCCCUGGUUACAAGGAGCCACCAGGUUCUCCCCAGUAGUACAAACUGAUCCGACAGGCCAUUCAUCAACAUUGUUUAACAAUAAUCCAUCUGUGUAGAAUUACACAAAGAAAAAGUGAGAAGAGCUGGGGAACAUAUUAUCUCUGGGCUCUAAGUUUUGGUCAACGGGUUACGAUGUGCUUUAGCUCAAUGAGCUCUUCUUCAGUAUUUAAGUGACGAUAUAUGAUUUAUGUUAUUCAGCCAACCAUGUAUGAACACUGAAAUAGUUAGUCAUCUUUUUUUUCUCUCUUAAAAAUAACCCUUUUAUAAAUGUAUUUUUUUGUCCAUAAAUUAAAUCAGUGGCCUUCUUCUUUCAAA